GAGCAGUGAAGGUGUUUUGAAUAUUGGUGAUGUUGCCGAUUUGCUACAUCCCCAACAUGCCAUCAUAACGGGUGGUCGUUCUCAGGAGGGUUGUCCCUUAAUUAUAUUUCCCGAUAAUAAUAAUUUCAAUACGCUGGAGGAGGUGGAUUAUCAAAAGUUAAUUUUGUAUUUAACUUCAGUGCCAUCGCUACAAGAUGCGGACUUGGGUUUUCAUUUAAUAAUCGAUCGACGUAAAGACAAAUGGACUUCGGUGAAGACAGUAUUACAGCGCAUUUCGAUCUAUUUCCCCGGCAUCAUAACACGUCGUUUAUGUUUUACGACCCUCUGGCCUCUUCCAAAAGGCCAUCUCUGAAGUUAGUUCAAAAUUUUCCAAAGACGAAUAUCGUUUUCGUUUAGUCAUAUGUUCCUCCCUCAGCGAUCUACACGAGUACAUAGUACCCGCCCAAUUAACGGCAGAUAUGGGCGGUACUCUAAUAUAUUCCCACCAUGAAUGGAUACAACAAAGAAUAUCCCUGGAAAAAUUCUCUAGCCUAACACAUCAAGUAUCCGCCGAAUUGGAUAUUUUCAUACAAGCCAUACACGAUACAGAAUUUCCAAAUUCUGUUGAAGCCACACAAAAACUCUUAGAUGAUCAGGGCUUGGAUUAUCAAAGACUUAAGGAGGAAAUAUUGGCGGCAGCCAAACAUGGUGAAACGUUAUUGAAUAAUAUUAAAUCAAAUGAUGAAAUCAAAGAAUUCUCCGAGCGUACUGGCAAUGUUAGCUCUAUAGAACGACUUUUGGUACAGCUGGAGGAAACCGAAAGACGUUUUGAUGAAUUUUGGCGAACACAUCGCAAUCGCCUGCAACAAUGCUUGGAGUUAAGGAAAUUUGAACAAAGUUUUAGAGAACUACAGUUUUCAUUUGAUGCCCGCCUUAAGAGUGUUUCUGAAAUGACCGAAAUUGGUGAGAGUGUUGAACGUGUUGACAGUUUAAUAUUGGAAACGAAAGAAUUUCAAACACUAUGCGCUAGUGAUGUUGAUAAGGCCGCUGAGGUUAUAGCAGCCGGUCAACAACUUAUUGGUUCACGCGGUGUUUAUCCUUGGGAAGUCGUACAACCAAAGUGUGAUGAACUGCAGCGUGUUUGUGAUAUAAUCACAGAACGUUUACAGAAACGUUUGGAAAUUCUUAAUAAAAAUCGUGAGCUAAUGGAGAGAGUUGAAAAGGCUAAUGAAUGGUGUGCUAAUGGCGUCGAAUUACUUACCUCCCAACGCAUUGAAAAAUGUUCUUCAUCUCCUGAGUUGGCCGAACAGAGUCUUCAGGAGAUUCAGGCUUUUAUAGCGUCUGCCUCAGAUUUUAAAUUGUCUAGUCCAAGUGAAUUUAAAAAGAUUUUCUUAGAAAGUACCACACCAGAAACCAAAGCUUUAGUAUCACAGGUUCUCCAAAGAAUUGAUGAUGUCUCAUUGAUGUGUGAUAAACGUAUUGCUAGUUUAAAGAAACUGGCCUUAAAACCACCGCGUCCCAUACAAACGGUAACACCAGAACCGGCAGUGCCGCUACAGCCUCCCGGCGGGGCACCUCAUCUAUUGCGUAGGAAACAUAAGGUAAGUUCUUACAAUGGUUAAUUAGAUCCACAACAUAUUGGUAAGUCCACAAUAACUAUUGAUUCUCUACAAAGAAAAAAAGCUUAUAUGAAAAAGGGCGGUUUCAUAUAUUCAGACUUUUUCUCAGAAACCAAUUCUUCUUUCUCUUACUUAUUCUUCUUUUAUCUCUCACUGUAGUCUAUAGAAGAAGUAAGUCACUAAUACCUACAAAUUAACUGCAAAUAUGUAACGGUCGUGAUGAGGAAGAUGAUGCUGCACAUGAUUUCUAAUCGAAUUGUAUCACAUACAAAAUUCCUCUAAUAUAGAUUUCUUUGCUAGUCUUUAUGAUCGUCAUAUAUUGCAAAUAACUUUUUUCUAUUUACUGCUUUUCCCUCUUUACCGAACU